AUGCAAUCUGGUACAGGAGCAGCAAGAGAAAGAACGCAAGGAAUCGAUGCAGGAACUAUCUUUGAAAAAUGCUAUAGAAGACAAGAAAUUGGCCAAUGGAGAGUUGAGCAACCGAGUGACGAAUCUCUCGCUUUAGGGGUGGUUGAUAUUACAGCCCUAUUUUUGAAAUUUUCUCCUGAAGAAUGUGUUUCUGAUGAUAGUUUCUUCUCUUUAUAUACGCCAUUUGCAAGAGCUUAUGGUUUCGAAGAUGGUGCGACAAUAUGGCAAAUCUUAGAAACCACCGAUCGCAUGCCAGUUGUAGAACUCUGGGUGGGUUUUGCUAACUCAAAAACCAGGGCUACCGUGUGGCUAUUUGUAUGGAACGCAUAUGAGAUCAAUUUGAUUAUCAUCGCUGCAUGUAUUCCAACGCUCAUACCUCUUCUCGAAAUCAUUCUCAACCACCGAAUCGCAUCUUACUUUAACAGUUACAAGACCAACCGUGGAGGUUCCAAGUUCUCUUUCCACAAAGAAUCAUUCCGCAUGCGCCGCUUAAAUAGUGCAAACAAUGAUACGGAGAGUGGAAAAGAUAUAUUGGGUAUCAAGAAUUCUAUAAAUGGUAAUAGUGGAGAACUAGGAGUAGUUGAAGAAAGUGAGGAAAUUCGUGGCAAUGAGAACACUGGCAGGAUCAUGAGUCAAGGGAAGAUCGCUGUCACGAGGCAAUGGUCUGUGACGGAGCUCAAGUAUUGA